CGACUGACUUCCGGCCAGGCCGUUGUCUGGGUGGCGCGGUCGAGUCAUUGCGGGGCCGCGGCGCUUCGCUCUCCCAUCCCUCCCCCCGCCCCGGCGCGGGGGGUCGACCAGCCGAGUGGGGCGGGCGGCGACUCGGCCCUUCCCCUCCGUUUCGCUCUGGCCAGCUCCCGGGCCCCGCGCGCUGGGGUCUGGGGUCCUGGGGGCCCGCGAGGCCCGGUCUGAGGGGCCGGGGCCUACGUGGGCCCGCCCGCCGCUGGGCCCCAUGAGGCAUAGCCUGACCAAACUGCUGGCGGCCUCGGGCAGCGACUCCCCAACCCGCAGCGAGAGCCCGGCUCCGGCCGCGACUUGCUUGCUGCCCCCGGACCUGACCCGGGCGGCGGCGGCGGAGGAAGAGGCGGCGGCGGCCGGAUCUCCCGGCCGCAGGCAGCCGCGGGGCGACGAGGGCGACUCUGAGGCCGGGAGGGGGGGCCGCGGCGGCGUGGCCGUGCGCGCGCCCUCGCCCGAGGAGAUGGAGGAGGAGGCGAUCGCCAGCGUCCCCGGGGAGGAGACGGAGGACAUGGACUUUCUGUCCGGGCUGGAACUGGCGGAUCUGCUGGACCCCCGGCAACCGGACUGGCACCUGGAGCCCGGGCUCAGCUCGCCCGGGCCCCUCUCCUCGUCCGGCGGAGGCUCCGACAGCGGCGGCCUGUGGAGAGGGGACGACGACGACGAGGCCGCGGCCGCCGAGAUGCAGCGCUUUUCCGACCUGCUGCAGAGGCUGUUAAACGGCAUCGGAGGCUGCAGCAGCGGCAGUGACAGUGGCAGCGGCGAAAAGAGGCGGAGAAAGUCCCCAGGAGGCGGCGGCGGCGGCAGUGGCGGCAACGACAGCAACCAGGCGGCGACAAAGAGUCCCCGGAAGGCGGCGGCGGCUGCUGCCCGUCUAAAUCGGCUGAAGAAGAAGGAGUACGUGAUGGGGCUGGAGAGUCGAGUCCGCGGUCUGGCAGCCGAGAACCAGGAGCUGCGGGCCGAGAAUCGGGAGCUGGGCAAGCGCGUGCAGGCACUGCAGGAGGAGAGUCGCUACCUACGGGCCGUCCUGGCCAACGAGACCGGACUGGCUCGCCUGCUGAGCCGGCUGAGCGGCGUGGGACUGCGGCUGACCACCUCGCUCUUCAGAGACUCGCCCGCCGGUGACCAUGACUACGCUCUGCCCGUGGGAAAGCAGCAGCAGCAGCAGCAGCAGCAGCAGCAGCAGCAGCAGCAGCAGCAGCAGCAGGACCUGCUGGAAGAGGACGACUCGGCGGGAGGAGUGUGUCUUCAUGUGGACAAGGAUAAGGUGUCGGUGGAGUUCUGCUCGGCGUGCGCCCGGAAGGCGUCGUCUUCUCUUAAAAUGUAGGGUCAAGUAAUCUGCUCUUUAUCCGCGUUUACCCCUUUCAACUCCCUUACACCAUGUAAAACACCUUAGUGGGACAUCUUCACUGGACACAUUUCAGAGGAGGAAAAAGUAAUAUUGAAUCGUUAAGUGUUUAGCUAAAAGCAUGAAUGUGACACUGUAACCAACUCCUAAUGAUAACAUGUGACUAUUAAAUCUCUCUGACAGUUUCUUUUUUAGGUGAUUUCCUUCCUGCCAGGCUCCGUUGUAGGGGUUACAGAACAGUCGUUCCCGCCUCACAACCUGGUAAGGAUCCAUCUCUUCACGUAACGCUCAUGCUCUGCUGCUUAGUCUACUUUAAUGGGCAACAUCUCAAUUUGUGUGUGUGUGUGUGUGUGGGUUUUUUCUUUUCUUUUUCUUUUUUUUUUUUUUUUUUGGAAGGUGGGAGGGGAAGUCUAAUUUGGGCCCUGUCCACCCUGGAAACAGACUUGUGCUGGUCAGUAAUGUAUUUAAGAUGCUUCUUCUGGUUGAAAUAGCUGUUAAUGUGUCCCCUUGUUCAGACUUGCGUGUACCUAGCUCUUCUGUCCCCAGUGUGGACAUGGCCUUGGAUGACAUCGGUUCCAACUGUACACUGAAAGCUGCUAAUAGAGAUACAGUUUGGAGACAGUCAAACAGGUGAAGUUGAAUGGAAGUUCCGAGUUGUACAAGGUGCAAAUUGGAAUUCCAAUUUUAGAGCAACUUUUUAGAGGUUGACAAUAAGUAUUUGGGGCUUGCACAAAUGUGAUAGUUAACUUUGCUGAAGAUGACAGAAAUAUCUUAACUAUUUGGGUAUGCCUUUUAGUUUUCAGUAGGAGAUCUAGAAAUACAAUCUAUUCGGAUGAGAAGAUUUUAAUCUCACCAUUUAAAAAGUUGGAAAUUAACAUGCAUCUCUGUGUUAAUUAAUUGAAGGAGGAAUAAGAGUGGUUAAUGAAAUGUUUCUUUGAGGACCAGCACAGUGAUUACCCUAUCACUGACUAUAAAUAAAUUGUUGAACACCUUUACUUUUGUUGUAUUAAAAUUUUAGGUUAAAUUUAUGUAUGAUUAGAUAAAUUGAAGGUUUGUGAAAUGUGAAUGAAAACAUGUAAAGUGAGGCUUCACAAAGAAUCUUACUACUCUCCUUAUUUUAAGGUUUUUGUCCUUUUUAAAAAUAAUUUUUUUAAAUUGGCUGGUUCUGGCUACUUAAGGACACGAUCGACACUUUCCAAAGAUGGGACAUACUCUUCCCUUGAAGUACUGUAUUAUCCAUUGUCCAGUUGUAUAGAUUGAGUUACGGUGUCCUUCAGUGUAAGAGGCAUUAAGAAAUUCUUUGUGAAACAUCACUGUUUGAUAAAGUAUAUACAUAUUUAGCAUCCUUGUUUUUCUUUGUGCUAAAGUGGAUACAGCUGUUGGGGCAGAAGAGACGGGACCAGCUGCUGGCCACAUUUCCUGCUUUAUUUUAAAAGGUAGUAUAAGAAAUGAGGAAAAAGAGGUAAUUUCAGGGCUUCUGCUGUCUUUUUAUUUUAAAAUGUUCAUAAUUAAAAAGUAUUUUCCAGCAGUCCAAAGAUGUAAGUUAUCUUACACAUGUUUUAUUUUGUUGUUAUUUGGUUAUAAAAAUGGAAUCCUUGUUCUUGCAGAACUGUAAAUGUUUUGUUGCUAGAUAACAUGAUUUGAGACCUAACUUUGGUCUCUGGUUUCCAGUGCAUUACAGCAUAUUUUGUAAAAUCAUCUGCACUUGAGCAUGAAUGGGUAGUACCAAAUUCACAGCCUGGAGUGAUGAACCUGCUUAUUCCUAAGUGCAGGAGCAAGCCCCUCACAAUGCAGCUGCAUGGAUUUUUAGUGCCUACUGAAUUAUAUAUAUAUACAUAUAUAUAUAAAAACCAAAAGUAGUUGGAAAAAUUAUUUGAAAUGACUAAUUUGUGCUAUCUAUGGAAUAUGUUAAAUGUAGCUUUUUGAAACAGAAGCCUUGAAUUGAAAUUUAAUUAAUACUUGAACAUUUUGUAUAUAUUUCUUUGUAUAUAAUUUUGUGCAGUACCAAUGACAAAAAUACGGUGUCAUAAUAAAACCAGGUUUGUUGAUCUUUCAGUUAUGGGCUCAAAGAAUUUAUUCAUCUCUAACAUGACAUUGGAAAAUAAUGGAUGAAAAUAGGAAAAAUGAUUGUUGUUAAUGCUGACUGUGGGUCUUAAAAGGUUCUGGAAGCAGUAAGUGUGUUUUUCUAAAAUACCAUUCCCUUGGAAUAUUUUCUUCUAAUGUCAGUGCUUUUCCUGCAUCAUUUGAAGUUCGGGGCUGGGGAGAAACAGUAAUCAAAGCUUUCUGAAGUGGGAUGCUUUGAAAAUUCCAAGUGUAGAUUUUUAGGAUGUCAUUUUAUAAAUGGCAGUUUUUGGAAAUACUUGAUUAAGAACUUUUGAAAAUGGAGAUUAGUAUCACCUAUUUUUAAAGCUGCUUUGUUAGGCUUCUUAUGUUUUAACUGUCUUUCCUUAGUUUCCAUUUCAUUCUUUUUUUUUUUUUUCUUUCUAAUUUUGGUGACUUAGUGAUUUUUGUCAUUUUUUUACAUCAACUUCAUGGUCUUGUUUUUACAUGGUAUUGCAUGUAUUUAGGACCUAUCUAACAGGGGCUUUAAAUAAAUUUGAUCAUAUUUAUGUGUAAGCACAUUUUACUGUAAAUGUUUGGGUUUCUGAAUUUACAACAGAUCUGUUGAUUUCAGUAUGUAGUAAACAAUAUCUUAAAGUGUCCUAUUCACUACUUGUUAAUUAAAAAGUUAUGAUUAAUAUGAAAUUGUUGUCUUACUAUUUUUAGAAAAUUGUGUUCUGAAUGAUUGAUAGUUGGAUAAAGGAGAUUUUUUGGCAUAUAAUGUGGAUUGUUUUGAAAUUUUAAGGUUUGGCUCUACUUUAGAGGUUGAAAACAACUUAGUAUUUGGGGAACCCUUUUUUUUUUUUUCUUCCCCCCUUCUUCCCUAAUUGCCUCUUUGGCAAAAUGAUACAGAAUUAGUGUAAAGAGGUAGUGUUUUGAUAUUUGUCUUCUGAUGGUGACAGGAAUUCAUACAUUAAUUGAACUAACACAUCAUAUUGACCUUCUAUUUCUAUCAUAUUGACUUACUGUUUCUGCACUUUCUUGACCAGUCCUAACUAAAAAGUCCACGUUUGUUAAAAUGUAGUCACACCUCUGAUAUAAUCCAACAAAAAGUGUUCGAAAUAUUUUAAAUAUUUGUGCAUUUUGUAAUCACUAAAUUAAUCUCUCUCUCUUCUCUUUAAACAGCUUAGCAGUGUCUGCAAAAAGAAUCUUUUCCUACAACCUGUUAACUGACUGGACUGAUGGUAACAAAGUAAUUGUGGGAGCCAUGUCGGUCAAAAAUUUGGCAUCUGCUGAAAAAAAUGAAUGCCAUUUUCAAGUUCCCAAAUUACUUCUAUACUGAUUUCACUUUCCAGAAAUGGAGAUAUGAAAAGAUUCUCUGGAAUCCUUGAAAGACUUAAUAGAAAUACAUGAGACUAAGUUAAUUUUGGAACAAAAUUAUACUUUUUUUUUUUUUUUUUGUCUUUCAUGGGAGUGAUACUCAGUUCUUUGCAUACCUUUUAAAAAUUGUAACCACUGGAGAAGAGAAUUAUAGUAUAUCAUCAAGGAAUAUUAGAUUCUUUACAUUAUCAAGAACACAUUCUAUGGAAUUACAUUUAGUGGAGUAGAAUUACAUAAACAGGCCAUCAGGGAUCACAAAGCUUAUCAUGAGUUUGUACUGACUUCCUGGAACUUGAGAGCUAAUCUGGAGUAUAGGCAGACCUUGCUGAGUAGAAUACAAAAGUUAAUGUAAAGUCCUUAACUAUAAAGAGUAGUCUUUUUAAAUAGAUGCAUUGAUUUGUCUUGUGUAUCUUUGAAAAAAUUAUGAUUAACUAUGUGAGUAGUUAAUUGCAAUUUAGGGUAAGAGGAUGUUUGCAUUCUGAGAUUUUGGCUUCUUGAGUUUUCUCUGAGUACUUGACACUUUCUUGACUAUUUUGAGGUUUCUAAUGAAUGGUAUCCUAGUUUCUACUGUUAUAUAUUAAAAUGUCUCUAGUCGUAUGUAAGGGCUUUAGUAUUCUGGAUGAUGGAAGGUUUUUUUGUUUUUUGUUUUUUUUUUUGUUUUUUUGCAUUAUGUCGUUGUUUUACCUAAUUGAAACACUUUUCCAGCUUAUUACAAGUGUGAAAAAACACUCAACUCUGGAUUGUUUUAUUUCAUUUUCGUUGGAUUAUGUUAAUACAUUCUUUCAUUUGGUCUAGA